AUGUUCACUGUUGUAAACAACCAAGCCGGAGCACUUCCUCCUAGUACUAUGCCCCCCCAGAUGUCGCCCUCCGGUGGGGACCUUCCAGUGCACCUCUCCAGCGAUGAAACAAGUUCCUCGUCGGGUGGCAGUUCUUCAUCGGGUACACCUUAUAUGAGUCAAACGACGUCCCGUGCUUCUUCGACAGACUCGAAUGAGCCUGAUGUCGGACGGGUCCAUGCAUCCGACCCCGUCUGGAUGUCCAGGUUCCGCUGGCUCGAAUUCGUUCGACAACAAACAGACAACAUCAGGACGCUAUUACGGCACCUCAUCACGCUAGAUAUUCCCUUCCUCAAUCGAUGGAUCCAGGCGGCCCAGCUUCCUCCCUCAGGAGCAGCGUCGACAGUGCCGCAAUUCCCCAACGAAAUCCUACUGCACUGUUUCUCAUUUAUGACACUCAAGGCGCUCAUCGCCUGUCGGUGCGUUUGCGCAUCAUGGCGGAGCUUGGUCCCACAUGCCGAGCUCGACCCCCUGCGCCGGCGUCUCCUUGAACUCUACGACACCAUCAUAAAUGCAUCCUACUUUCUCGAGACCCGCCCAUGGAUAGUCGCCCAUCUCGACCCGACAUUCGACCGUGAGGCGUACAUCGCGACCCUAGAAGCACAAGACCCCACCAUCCGUGUUCCCCCAGCGUUCCGCUUGUUCAUCCUCGAAUGGCCCGCCCUCGCCGCUGUACAGUCCCUCUGGCCCGGACUUCCCCUCCUCGACUGCCGCAAGUCGAACAUUGAGCGCAAGAAAGGGGUCAACUUCAUUGCGCGCACCCACCCUGAACUCUCUGCCCUGACGUACAAGUUGGGCUACCCCGGGGUCGCAUUUAUCCCUGCGCUGCUCCUCUGGAGGAACGCCGGGGACAGCACAGAUUGGCUGAUACUUGAUGAUGACCAUUUUCCAGAGCUCUCCGGCAAGGUCUUUGCGAUCUCGCUGCGUCUCGACCCGGACAUCGUGCCAUACUGCGAGUGGGGAGAAGGUCCUGAGGACAGGACUGACUAUCACACUUUGGUACGGAGGGGUAACUACAACGAUUUCAUUGUGUAUCACGAUUGGAUUGAAUAUCUGCAGAGGAUGUGGCACAACCUUAGUAUUUGCACACCAUUUGGUCCGGUGUCCCGCAAUGUGCUACCACAUGAUGACGUUUUAGUGUGCUCGGAGGGCAACGAUGACUUUUCUGAUCACACACACCAUGACAUUCCUGCGCCUCCAUGGACUAGGCGAACGGAACCUCGAUUUUGGCAGCGCUUGGAGGUGCCUGAAUAG